AAGCAUAUACAUUUGUAUCCAUUCAGUAAUUCAACGAGAGAGAGACACAUCUCAUCAGAGAAAAUAUAAGGAAAGGGAUAUUGAUCAAGCAGCAAUCGAUGAGUUACUACGAUAGCCAGUACCCGCACAAGCAGCCGCCUCCCGUCGUCGGAGUUCCUCCUCCUCAAGGAUACUACCCGACCAAGAAUGACGCCGUAUAUCCGCCACCACCUCCAGGCUACCCGCCACCCUACGCCAAUCCCCCGUCGUAUGCUCCCCCGAGUGCCCAGCCCACUGCUCAGCGGCCAGAGCAGCAGAGCAUCGGCUGCUUUGAAGCUUGUUUGGCCACUCUUUGCUGCUGUUGCCUCCUCGAUGCAAUUGUAUGAUAGAUGGUUUGUGUCGCCAUUGCUCAACCCCAUGAAGUAUAUGCACUUUUCGGAAGGAUACUACAAAAGAGAAGAGAGGCGUAGAGCGAUCUCUUGAUCCCUUGUUGAUUUAUUCUUUAUCAUAUAUUCCUGGAUUUGAUGAUUCGAUCAGUUGUUAUGUAUUAUUAACUUACAAGCUAGAAAAUCUUGUUUAUAAGUCGUUAGUCUCGUUUCCAGCAAGUAUUGCUCGCCACCGAGAGGAUACUGAGCAUUCCGUAAGAUAUAUUUGUUGUUGUAGCGUAGGAGCGUUCCUCAAGAAGAGAUCGAAUGGUGUUUAUGCCAUUGUUUUAUUGAAGAUUUGAUUUUACGAAGAACUUUCUUUCUUUUC